ACAAAAAGGAGAAAUCACAAGUAAUGAAGCCUUAUGUUUUAAUAUCUUCCUUCUGGUUAUGUGCAUAUGCUCUUGAACCAACAACCAUGGCUCUUGAGCCCAAAACAAUCCACUUUUCUUCUACAACAGGUGGACUUAGCCAUAUUGCAUGGGUACUUGAGAUAGGACAAGUACUUGCUGAACGCGGACAUAAUGUAUCUUUCUUGACAACCGAUAUGUAUACUAAAUUUGGAUUAUCUUAUGCGCCCCACAUCAAGACUAUUUCAUUAGGGCCUCAUCUAUCUAAAGUUCAAUUCCGCGAUUUGUUUGAUACUCAAGAGACUGUGUCCACUCGAGUUACUCUUGCCUACAAGACAAUGGUGCAAGAUACUUAUAAAAGAGAUUUUAUGGCUUACACGGAUAUAUUUACUAAUUCUAACACUUCACUUGUCGUGUGUGAUCAAAUGGCAUUACCUUGUUUUGAUGCAGCCAAGGCACUCAAUAUACCUAUGAUUAUGUACAUGACCAUGAGUCUAUCUGAAGAUACAAAAGCACCUUUUAUUAGUUCAAAUCAUAUUUCAAGCCAACCGACCACAUUAGAUCAAAGCUUUACAGAGAGAUUGUACGACCGCUAUGUUAUGACUCCGAAAUUCGUGUAUCGGUAUUUGCCUGUUGCAAGAGCGAUUCGAAAAGCACGCCAAGAAUUAAACAUACCAGAUUUUGACCCUCUUGCACGACACUCAAACGCAAUCAAAAUGGUCAAUAGUUUCUGGGGUAUGGAUAGUCCAAGACCUGUGGGUCCCUUAGUAGAAUAUGUGGGUCCUAUUAUUAAUGCAGUAUACGACUCACUGACACAAGACUUGUCAGAUUUCAUGGAUAAUCAUAAGCGUAUCGUCUAUGUUGCAUUCGGGCAGAUGUAUACGCCCAGUAAAGAGGAGUUUCAAGUGCUAUUGACAAGUUUGGUAGAGGCUUACGAAUACAAUUUUUUGGAUGGCUUUAUAUGGUCAUUGUCUCUCAAGGCCCGUCAUGAUUUGCCCGAACAGGUCACGACAAGUUCUGGAAAAGUAUACAGAGUACAAGACUUAUUUCAUCAUCACAUGGAUCUAAGAUUUGAGCCUUGGUCUCCCCAGUUUGCUAUUCUUCAGCAUGAACACUGUAAGCUGUUUAUUAGCCAUGGUGGGUCCAGUUCUGUGCAUGAGUCUCUUUACAAUGGUGUUCCUCUUUUACUUCACCCUUUCACAAGUGACCAGCCCUCGAAUGCGCAUAAUAUAGCAAAUGCAGGUGUAGGAUUAGUGUUGGACAGAAAGAGUCAUAACCUGACUGACACACUUGAGAAACUAAGCAGCAUUCUACAGGACAAAGACGGGCAAUUUGCAUCCAACAUGAAGAGCAUGCAAGCACUGGUUCAAAUAAGAAGCCGGAAAAAACGCUAUGCAGCUGAUAUGAUUGAAGAGGUUUUAUAUUCCGUCAGAAACAAGGAUGAUAUUUGGCACAGAAGACAAGUGGAUGCCACCAUGUCUUGGCUUAAGGCAACGAAUUGGGAUGUGGACCUGUUUGCCUUUGUCAGCGUCAUUGUAGUCUAUCAGAUAAUCGCACAUGCUUGUGCCUUUUUUAAGCUUGUGUUUGUACCACCUAUGAAAUGGAAAACAGAAUAAAAUCGGUCAAAUUUUCUUUUUUUUC